CGGGAACGAUAGAGAUGAAUCGAGCGCGGUGUGACAACGACGAAGGAGGAAGGGACGCGACGUACCGCGGGAUAGAAGAAGAGGGAACGGCAGCGAAGUCCGCGUCGCGGCGCGGCGUCUAGGCGAGCUCGAGACUACUCUACUACUGCCGACUCCCACCCAGCAGCUCUCCUCUUCCUGGCCGGUAUUCUCUCUCUCCUCUUUCAGUGUUCGUUCGAACACGGCCCGGUACGAUUCUGUCGCUCCGUGCUCGAGGGAUCCUCUUCGUGAUGGGAGCUCGCUGCCGCGGUGGUAUCGGCAGGCUCCCUCGGUAGCCGAUUCCCUCCUCUUUUCACCCUUUCUGUCACUCUCUCUCUCUCUCUCUCUCUCUCUCUCUCUCUCUCUCUCUCUCUGUCUCACCGAUGUCUCGUCAGGGUGACGCGCGCGGUUCCUAAGCUCGCGGUCGGACAAUCGCGGACGAGCACGCGUAUGAAAAAGAGAGGAACGGUCGUGGUAUCCGAAGAGGGCAGCGAACACGGAAAUCGGGGGGAAGGUGAAGUGUGCGUGGCGAAGAAACGAGAUUCGAGGGCGGAGGUAAGUGCGCGCGGUGCCGCGGAACCCCGAAGACGCGCAGCAACGAUGGGAAAACGGUGGUAAGGGCAACCGGAGUUCGUGGAAGACGCGGGUUCCGAAAUUCGAAUCGGAAGACACCGGGGACAGGAUCGUUCGCCUCGGCGCGAGAUCGGAACGUAGCAAGCAAUUCGUUGAUCGUUUGACCGGAAGAAUCUAGGAAGGGACCGAAGAUGUCGAACUACUCCGUCCGCUGCGAGCCCGGUCUGAUGAUACCGAUAUGGAAACCGUUGGAGAAUCUGUAUCUGUCCGACUUGAUAUUCCGUGGUUUCGUCUACUUCCUGUUGCUGUUGUAUUUGUUCAUCGGCGUGUCGAUCAUCAGCGAUCGUUUCAUGGCCGCGAUCGAGGUGAUCACGUCGAAGGAGAAGGAGCUGGUGGUCCGCCGGCCGGGCAAGGAACCUCAGAUCGUGGUGGUGCGGGUGUGGAACGAGACCGUGGCGAACUUGACGCUGAUGGCGUUGGGCAGCAGCGCGCCCGAGAUCUUACUGUCGAUCAUAGAGAUCUGGGCGAAGAACUUCCAGGCCGGCGAACUCGGCCCGGGAACGAUCGUCGGCUCCGCCGCUUACAACCUCUUCGUGAUCAUAUCGCUGUGCGUGUUCGUGAUACCUAACGGCGAGACCAGGAAGAUCAAGCACCUCCGGGUGUUCUUCGUCACCGCCACGUGGAGCAUCUUCGCCUACGUAUGGCUCUACGUGAUCCUGGCCGUGUCCAGCCCGGGCGUGCUCGAGGUCUGGGAGGGAAUCCUGACGUUCAGCUUCUUCCCGGCGACGGUUCUCACCGCGUACGUCGCCGACCGUCGUUUGUUGAUCUACAAAUAUCUGCACAAGGGGUACAGAAUGAACAAGAGGGGUGUGAUCGUGCAGGCGGAGGCCGGCGACUCGGACGGCGGGGUGGAGCUCGAGAUCAAGCCGCAGCAGGACAGCUUUAAUCGCAUGAUGGAUGCGGACACGCCUGAGGCCAAGGAGUUCGAGCAGACCAGGAAGGAUUACAUCAAUACGUUGAGGGAGUUGAGGAAGAAGUAUCCCACUCUGCCGUUGGAACAGCUCGAAGUGAUGGCGCACGAAGACGUUUUGGGCAAAGGACCGAAGAGCAGGGCGUUCUACAGGGUUCAAGCCACUAGGAAGAUGGUCGGUGCCGGUAACCUGAGCAAGAAGAUCAGCGAAAGAGCGCAGAGCGAUCUGAGCGAGGUCAAGGCCGAGCUGCAGCGGCAGGAGGCCGAGAGCAUCGACAUCGAGAACGUGAACGCGAUGAGGAUCUACUUCGAGCCCGGACACUAUACCGUGAUGGAGAACGUCGGCACCUUCGAGGUGGGAGUGACCAGGGUCGGCGGUGACCUCAGCAAACUGUGCACCGUCGACUACUGCACAGAAGAUGGCUCCGCCGAGGCUGGUUCCGAUUACAUCAGCGCGAAAGGCACCCUGACCUUUAACCCGGGCGAGACCAAGAAGGCCAUCAAGCUGUCCGUCAUCGACGACGAACUCUUCGAGGAGGACGAACACUUCUACGUCAGGUUGAGCAACGCGUCGCAGCCAGCCAUGCUGGUGUCACCCAGCUUGGCGACGGUGAUGAUCCUCGACGACGAUCACAGCGGCGUGUUCGGUUUCCCCGAGAGGGACGUAGAGCUGGUGGAGAGCGUUGGUCAGUACCCUCUCCGCGUGGUGAGGUACAGCGGCGCCAGGGGAAGAGUAAUCGUCCCCUAUCGCACCAUCGAGGGUACCGCCAAACCCGGAAAACAGUACUUGCACACCGAGGGGACGCUCACGUUCGAGGACAAUCAGACCGAAAAAGUGAUCCAACUCUCGGUCAUCGAGGAGGAUUCCUACGAGAAGGACGCGCUGUUUUACGUCGAGCUGGGCGAGCCACAGCUUCAAGGAGGAUCCGACGUGCCCGGAUCUGAGGCAGGGAUUGCAGUAGCGGCGGAAAUGAAAAAGCCAGAGGAACGGACGGACGAGGAAAAAAUGGCAUUGCUGGGCAAACCGAAACUCGGCGAGGUGUUCAGGGCGCAAGUACGGAUCAAAGAGUCGAAGGAGUUCAAGAAUACGGUGGACAAACUGGUGCAGAGGGCCAACGCUUCCAUUCUACUCGGCACCAGUUCGUGGAAGGAACAGUUCACGGAGGCAUUGACGGUGAGUGGCGGAGACGAGGACGAGGGUGAGGGUGCUGGUGAACCAGCAGCACCGUCCACCAUGGACUAUCUGAUGCACGGCGUUACGAUAUUUUGGAAAGUGCUGUUCGCAUUCGUUCCACCAACGAAUAUUGCUGGCGGUUACCUGUGCUUUGUUGUGAGCAUAUUCGGGAUCGGCGUGGUGACGGCGGUGAUCGGCGACAUCGCAUCCUAUUUCGGCUGCACCCUCGGCAUCAAGGACUCCGUUACUGCUGUGGCUUUCGUCGCCCUCGGCACCAGCAUUCCCGGGGCGGAAAAUAAAAAGCAGAAUUUGGGUGAGAGCAUUUAUCACGGAAUAAGCAGGAGGAGCGAGUUGAAUGGGAGACCGCACUUUUUCCGGCCACUUCUCAUCCGAGAUCCCGGUAUGGAAGCAGGGAAGAACGCGGGCGUAUCCCGGGUACAUUCGAGCCGUGAUAAAUCUUGUAAGGGAUCGCGUCAUCUUGGGGAGAAGUUGUCCGCGGCCGAAAUUCCUAUCUCCCAACGGUCUCUUUCCGCGAGAGAGUCACGCGCGGAAUUCUUCGACGCUUCGGCGUUAGCCUCGAGGAGACAUCGGAGGUUUGAAAGUUAAACAGAGACGGUGAUGGU